AGUCGUUUUCUAGUAUUUUCAUUUUUUCAUUUUUAGGUUUUUGGAAGUCAAAACGAUAUGUAUCUUCCUCUGCGUUUUCCCGUUCCCCCUUCUUCAUUUCAUUUCAUCCCCUAGAACUCUGUUCCAACUUCAAAAAGAAGGGUUGAUGUGGAGAUGAUAACUUUUGGGAUUUUGAGCCUAUCCUCUUCUCUACAUCCAAGUUUGAGUGUUUCUUCAUCCAAUAAUAUCUUGGAUGUGGGAAAUGGAAAUGGAAGUGGUUGCACCGAUGAGGCUAUACAGACUGCCAAAAACUCAACCCUUGAUGGGUUUAAAUGGCGUUUGGUUAUAGCAUACGAUGGCACUCGUUACGCAGGUUGGCAAUUUCAGCAAUCCCCUCCAACUAUACAGUGCAGUAUGGAAAAAGCCUUGGUGCGAGUGACAAAGCUAGAAAGGAAGGAUCUUCUUUUAGUUGGUGCAAGUAGGACGGAUACUGGAGUUCAUGCCUGGGGCCAGGUGGCACAUUUUGUUACACCUUUCAAUUAUGACUGCUUGGAUAGAAUUCAUGCAGCCCUCAACGGUCUCCUUCCUCCAGAUAUCCGAGUAAGAGAAAUUAGCCCUGCAGUCUCUGAAUUCCAUGCUCGAUUUUCGGCAAAGAGCAAGGUCUAUCAAUACAAGAUAUAUAAUGACACCAUUAUGGAUCCAUUUCAUCGCCACUAUGCAUACCACAUUGCUUAUAAGCUCAAUGUUGAUUCCAUGAGACAAGCUGCAAAACAUUUUAUAGGAAAGCAUGAUUUCUCUGCUUUUGUCAAUGCAUCUCGCAAUGAUCGAGUGCCUGAUCCAGUGAAGACAAUUUUUCGUCUUGAUGUCAUUGAAAUGGGAGCUCUACUACAGCUAGAAGUUGAAGGCACGGGCUUCUUGUAUAGACAAGUGCGGAACAUGGUUGCUUUGCUAAUUCAAAUUGGGAAGGAAGCAAUGCCUCCUGAAAUUGUCCCUAUGAUUUUGGCAACUCGUGAUCGCAAGGAGCUGGCUAAAUACACCUUGCCUGCCCCACCUCAUGGGCUGAGCCUUGUAGCUGUCAAGUAUAACGAAGAUCACCUUCGGCUUCCCCCAGAUGGAAGCCCCAGAAUUAGCGUUGGUAGGCAUAGGAGCGUGACGAAAUGUAAGCUUCCUUUGUAUUAACCUAUGCCUCAUUCCAAAUGAGAGGAACCCUUAAAUCGUCCAGCACAGCUGAAUGUGUUGAUGAAGUUCUUAGUUGAAAUCAAUUCUUGCUUUUUCAGAAAGGCUAUAAAUUUUGACAUAUGA